AUGAAAUCUAAAGAAAUGAAGAAACAGAGCAGCUUAUCAAGAUUGGUGAAAUCUCCGGUUCGUUUCUUGAUCAGGGCACGUGACGCAUACAUACGCAGCAUGACGUCAUGCUCCGUCGGUUUUAUCCGCGGUGGUGGUGGCUCCGGCGGUUUCGGUUUACCGGCCGGUAGUUUCCAAAUCUGCGAACCACAAAGCACCACUCUCCCUCGUAGCUUCACUCUAAAUUCUUCCACGACCACGACGGUGACACGUGAUCGCUGCCGGAUUGUCUCAGAUUACUCACGUGGCGGUGGCGGUGGAGAAAUCACGGCGGUGAUGGGAAGACCGUUGGAUCUCCGGAGAAAUUAUAGUUGUGUGGUGAUGGGAAGAAUCGAUGAAGAGAAGGCUUGUGAUAAGUUUGAAGAAGAUGAUUUUGAUCAAUUUAAGAAAAGAAAAAUCGGUGGAGUUUUUACUAUUCGUCAGCUAUAA